CAAAAUCGAGUAGGAAACUGACUUUCCUGUACUUGGCAAACGAUGUCAUCCAGAACAGUAAGAGGAAAGGCCCUGAAUUCACCAGAGAGUUCGAGUCUGUUCUUGUGGAUGCUUUUUCUCACGUUGCCAGGGAAGCAGAUGAGGGCUGCAAAAAGCCCUUGGAACGAUUGCUUAACAUCUGGCAGGAGAGGAGUGUGUAUGGCAGUGAGUUCAUACAGCAGCUGAAGCUGUCGAUGGAAGACUCCAAUAGCCCCCAGACUAAAGUUGCAGAGGAGAAGAAGUCUUUGAAGCGGACUUUUCAGCAAAUACAGGAGGAGGAAGAUGAUGAUUACCCCGGGAGCUACUCCCCCCAAGACCCCAGUGCUGGGCCGCUGCUGACCGAGGACUUGAUCAAAGCCCUGCAAGACCUGGAAAACGCAGCGUCGGGAGAUGCCACCGUGCGGCAGAAAAUUGCCUCCCUGCCUCAGGAAGUUCAGGAUGUUUCCUUACUGGAGAAGAUAACAGGUAUGAAACUGGCAGGUGAUGGCCGGUCGAAGGCGGUGGACGAGGCUUGUCUGCUGCUGGCCGAGUACAACGGCCGCCUGGCCGCCGAGCUGGAGGACCGGCGCCAGCUCGCCCGCAUGCUCAUCGAGUACACUCAGAACCAGAAGGAUGUCCUCACCGAGAAGGAGAAGAAGCUGGAAGAAUAUAAACAGAAGCUUGCUCGGGUAACCCAGGUCCGCAAGGAGCUGAAAUCCCACAUCCAGAGCCUUCCCGAUCUGUCACUGCUGCCCAAUGUCACGGGGGGGCUGGCACCUCUGCCGUCUGCUGGUGACCUCUUCUCAACAGACUAG